UGCGUGACGUCACUUCUCGGCGACUGUCGAGGGAAGAAGAAGAAGAAGAAGAAACAAGAUGGCUGCAAGGUUACUCCUCCGCUCAGGCUUCAGGGCCGCCGUGAGCCGCCGGGCCGCUGUGGUGCCGUCAAUGUGCCGCAACAUGGCGGCUGGAGGAAUUCCCACCGAUGAGGAACAAGCCACCGGCCUGGAGAAGGUUAUCAUGAAGGCCAUGAAGGAGGGCGCUGACUCUCACGGCACGAUGAGGUCCAAGGAGUACGCCGGCUCCAAAGUGGAUCCUCACUUGGUUCCCUCCGUCUCCAACAAGAGGAUCGUGGGAUGUGUGUGCGAGGAAGACAACACGGCGGUGGUGUGGUUCUGGCUCCACGAGGGCGAGACCCAGCGCUGUCCGUCCUGCGGUACCCACUACAAACUGGUCCCACACGAGCUCCCCCACUAGACCCAAGAUAAGAACCAUCCCCAUCUUAUUGAACUGUCUGGGAACAUCCUGUUAGCUUGGGUCCAUUUCCUGCUCUGCACUUCACACAUUCUGUUAUGAUUUGGACUUGUUCUGUUUCCAUACUUGAUCAACCCGAUGACCUCAUCUUCUUAAUCAUGACUCUUUGCUCUUGUUCAGCAUGUCUACCAUCUUAAUUCCUCUACAACCUUCCUUUGGUUCCAAAAAUAAAGUCCAUUUUACGUCUA